AUGGACCAGACCAAGGCUCAGUCUGAAACCAUUAUGCUGAACUUCUCAGAAGACUGCGCGCUCACUGAGAUGAUGCGUAUGCGGGUGUCCUCACUGCAGCGCUCCGGUCAGAAGCGCCAGGAGGGGGAGCGGCUGCUGCUGCCCAAUGAGGCCGUGUAUCGCCUGGACUUCCCCAGCCAGGACCUGAGCUUCCAGCACUGGCACUUCUCUCUGCGCGCCCACGGCAGAGUAACCAUCACGGGUAUCUCUCAGCACUGGACCCCCGACCUCACCAACCUGAUGAGCCGCCAGCUGCUGGAGCCCAUUGGCACUUUCUGGAGGAAUGUGGCGGACCCUCCUGACACACCGCUCAAAUGCCUGGAGGCUGAUAUGCAGGAGUUUGGGGAGCGGAUCGCGGAGCUGGCAAAAGUCCGGAGGGUCAUGUACUUCCUCCUAGCCUUCAAGGAGGGGGCAGAGGCUGACCAUCUCAGCUGUGCCAUCCAAUUCACAGCUCACAAAUGA